AUGCGAACCCGCUCAAGCGCUCCAUCGGAGCAACCUCAAUCCCCUCCAUCCACCUCCGAUCACCAAACAACAGCAGCAGCAUCAACAUCAGCACCGCCAGCACAAUCCACCCCCAAGAAAACAUUCAUUCUCCCCUCCACCGCCAGCGCCGACGCACGCUUCCUCACCCUCCCCAACCCGCGAAGCGCCGAACCAACCCGCUACUUCUUCGAUCCCAAACUCGGCGUAUACGAAUUCACCGUCCUCUCAUCUCCCUCCGCGCCCCGAAGCACCCUACUCGUGCGCAACCUUGAUUCCUCCUCAUCCACACCCCAACCGCCAGCGCACAUCUCCAAGAAAGCCGAACUCCUCCUCGCCACCCCCAUCGACAUCCUCUUCUUCCUCAUCCCCAUCCUCACCGCAAACACCAAACAAAACAACCUCUUCCAACCCCUAGACGACAUCAUCGACUCGCUGGACGAGGAGCUCCUCCCACCUCACCUCCGCCAUGUGCUAUACGACGAAACCUUCCGCGGGACACUGCACGCCCGCGCCGCUGCGAUUAGCGACUCCGUUGAAGCGGGCGAUGAGAAGUUGUUCCGGUUUAACGAGACGAAACUACUCCAGGAGCUUGUCGCGAAGGCGGAUAGGAUGGUUAGUGCGGGGUUGCCUCCGAGUCUUGAGGAGAGGUUUGUGAGACAGGCGCUAGCGACGCCAUUGAUGACAGUGAAGAGGGAUGAUGUGGCGGCUACGGGGGAGAAUAAGGAGAAUGAGGGCGAAGAUAAGAGCGAGGAGAAGGGAACGGAUGAGAAGACCACCACAAAUAACGAAGAUGCAAAGGAGGAUCUCCCCGAAGGCGUAAAGGUUCCUGAAGGAGUAGCCAACCUCCUACGGAUAUCUGUGGCGUUAUCAUUCAUGAAAGAAUGCUAUCUAUCCAAGGAGAUGAGCGCGCGGAUAGAUGAGUUACUAGCUGCGCCGGAGAGUCCGAGGGAUUUCAAGCCGAUGCGGGAUCAUUUGGACCUUGUGGCGAAGCUGAGGGCGGAGGCGCUGGCGUCGAGGUCGCUGGGUGAUUUCUCUCGGAAGAGGAGCGUGGAGGAUCAGGAGGCUGCGGAGUCGAGAGCGGAGAAGAAGCGCAGGAUGGAGGAAGAGGAAAAGAAGAAGAAGGCGAAUGAGUCGAGGGGAGUUCGGGAUUUGAAGAAGGUUAAUACGACGGGAAUGAAGAAGAUGAGUGAUUUCUUUGGAAAGGCGGCUGCGAAGAAGGCUUGA